AUGUCAGUUUACUUCAAGCUUCUGAAGAGGAACAACCUCUCUAGCAACCGUACUCUACCUAGCACCAUAGUGAAACACGCCUUUUUCGCUGAUUCAACAUUGAAUAACAUUGAUGAUUAUAAGAUGGAAGGUGAAAACAGCAUGGAAACUCCCGGCUCGGUUAAAAGUAUUUGGAGUCCUGAUGUAUUGCAGAGGAAUCAACCUCAUAGCAGCACUCCUUAUUGGCCUCCAACAUCCAAAGAACUGGAUGACAGUGCAGGGUCGUUAAAACAAGAUAGCGGUUAUUGCUCAGCUACACCUAGAUCUGCCGACUCGGGAGGUUUUAUAAUGUUUGAUAAAUGCCGUCUUUGCAACAAAUCCUUACACCAUAGCUGUGCUCUGAGCACCCCAGAAUACAAAUGUAGUUGCAAAAGGCCAUUCAUGAGCGGUAGCUCUCCUUACGUAGAAUGUAUGGAAGCAAUUAAAGAAGUGAAAAUGUCUCCUACACCAAAACUAUCUUCUCAGGUCAGAAUGAGCAGACCUCUUGAAUUAGGAUUCGAAGACGCUAUGGAUACCUCGCUUUAUCAAGAAGAAAUGGAAGUGGAUAGUUUUUCGUCGCGAGACAACCAUCAGUGUUCUUUAGACUUACUGGAGUUGGGGGAAGAAAAAUCAAUUGAUUUUAUGGAGCCUCAUGUAUUAUCUGCCUCGCAAAGUUUAGGGAAGGAAAUACCGCCAUCAUUCUUGCCGUUAAUAUCAUCUUCAGAUCAAGUUAGUGUUGAUCCCGCUACUUUACAAAAUCAAGAAAAACAAAACUUAUGUCUAGAAGAUAAAUCCGCGCAAUUCUUUAGCACGAAUUGGUUAAGCUCUAAUCCAAGUCCUAAAUUAGAAAAUGAAGUAACUCCAACAAAAUCAAAAGAUAUAACAACAUUCAAAAAGCAGACAAAAGCUAGUUCCUUCCAAUACUCUGUUAAAAAGAUUGCCACAAUGAGUAGAGUUGUUAGGUCAUUUUAUCCAAUAAACGGUAUUGAGAGUGUAGAUUUCCUAUAUCAACUUGGCGUGAAGAAAAGUUUUCCCAAAAUUGUUAGUCAAAUAUUUGAAUACUUAUCAGAAAAGGAUUUAGAUGCUGUCAGAGUAGUUUCGAAGGCUUGGAACAAGGUGUUGAACAAUGAUAGUGCUGCCUGGAAGCGCUGGAGAGAAUAUUCCGAUACCUUGCGACUGAUGAAGGAGAACCUGUCAUCCCCGGUGAAACAGGGAGGUUCAGGAGGCAGAAACAGACCUGCUUUAACUCGACUACAGAACGUCGGUAACCAGUCUAGUCCUCCUCGACAACCCUACAGUCCUCGCCAGGUGCCUUUCAGUCCUCCAGUCAGCCCUAACAGCAACCGAUUCCAGUCUUAUCGAAAGGCGGCCAAAUCGUUGAAGAAGAAUGAACGGUUGCUACCUUGUCCCAAGUGUCGAUUUGCCUCGACAGAUCGCGGCAGUCCCGUGGCUCAGUGUCCUCGGUCCGGCUGUCGUCAUCGAUUCUGCGUCUGGUGCAACAUCGAGGUGGUGCCAGACCUGGAGCAUCACUGUCCCCCUCUCUACACUCCUCGCAGCCUCACACGAAGAAACACCAUCCACUCCGUUGGUAGCAAGAGUUCCAAGCGCAACUUGCGCCGCUUAUAGUAUAAUGCCGAAAACAUCACCGUCAGCUGUGUUCAGUAACGCCUGUUCCUUGUUUUUAUAUUUGAGAUGUUCAAGCAGUUCAGUUAAGCUCUCUUCUACUGCUUUUUGCAGUCUCUGUUAAGUUCCUACGAUGUUUUUGUAUGUUUUAUUUAAUUGUUUCAGUAGGGUUUUAGCUUUUCAUGUGUAGUAAAAUGUUCACAAGUAUGCUCAAUUUACAAACGGAUUUUGCUCCAUUAGUAUGACGUGUAAAUUCUGUAACGUUAUGUAAGCUAUGUAAAUACAUUUUUGAACAAACUUUUUUGUAAUUUAUGUUAUCUGUGAUGUAAUUAAGAUCUAGAAUAACGUGGUCUGGAAGAAUGCGUUUCAAGCUAGUUUUUACAUUAGGUAAGUUAAGCAGUUUUGAAAUGCCAAGUAAUUAACAUCUAGAAUAACAUGGCAUAAUAGCAAUUUUUUCACUAAGCAGUUUUUGAAAUGCUGGUAGAGUGAUCUUUUUUUUGAAUUGUUUACAGUCUUGCCUUAGUUUUUUUACUUGCAAACACAAUCGUAUUAAGCGUUAAAAAAAUACUGUAACUUAUGCAAUUUCUUAUUUUUUAUUUUACUUUCAAACACAAAAAUCGUAUUAACUGAUUAUAAAAAAAAAAAAACUGUAACUUUGACAAUUUCUAAUUAUUUUUACUUAAACUAAAAUAUUAGGUACGGUACGGAAUUAUAUUGAUUUUUUUUUUAUACAAAAUUAAAGUACCAGUAGUCUAGUUAAGUUUUAACCUGUUUAACACGAAUGCUUAGAAGAAAGACAUAUUACGUUUUGUUAGAGGUUUCAUAUUCCUGGACACAUUAUGCAGAAUUACGUUUAUAAUUAAUUCUUAGUUACUUGAUAGAUAUUGCAUAUUAUUACAUGUACCGUAAUUCAUAGUACAAUAAAUAGUGCAUAGUACAUAAUAUAGUCUAUAAAAAAUACAUGACAUAUUAUAUUGCACAAAACUCUACAUAACUCAAGUGUAAAAUUAAUCUAAUGUUGUUGUUACCUAUUUAAGCAAAUGUAAAUCAUAUUUUUUUAGAAUAAGAAAGUUAUGUGUUUGAGUUAAGCCUUUUGUACAAAAUAUUUUCUUGAACUCAAGAGAGAACUAAAAAUUUCCUGCGUAAGCCUAAGAGGCACUUGUAAAAAUUUACGUGGAAUUCAU